AUGAACUGCAAUAAAACCGCCUCCAUUGACCCACCAGAAGGAAACAGUCAAUAUGAUGUUAUCAACUGCAAUCAAGUCGCCUCCAUUGAGCUGCCAGAAGGAAACAUUCAAUGCGAUGUUAUAAACUGCAAUCAAUCCGCCAUACUUGACCCGCCAGAAGGAAACAGUCAAUUUGAUGUUAUGAACUGCAAUCAAGCCGCCUCCACCGAGCUGCCAGAAGCAUCUGAUGUUAUAAACUGCAAUCAAGCCGCCUCCAUGGAGCUGCCAGAAGGAAACAGUCAGUCUGAUGUUAUAAACAGCAAUCAAGUCGCCUCCAUUGACCCACCAGAAGGAAACAUUCAAUCUGAUGUUAUAAACUGCAAUCAAGCCGCCUCCAUUGACCCGCCAGAAGGAAACAGUCAAUCUGAUGUUAUAAACAGCAAUCAAGUCGCCUCCAUUGACCAACCAGAAGGAAACAGUCAAUCUGAUGUUAUGAACUGCAAUCAAUCCGCCACCAUUGACCCACCAGAAGGAAACAGUCAAUCUGAUGUUAUGAAUUGUAAUCAAGCCGCCUCCACCGAGCUGCCAGAAGGAAACAGGCAAUCUGAUGUUAAAAAUUGCAAUCAAGCCGCCUCCAUGGAGCUGCCAGAAGGAAACAGUCAGUCUGAUGUUAUAAACAGCAAUCAAGUCGCCUCCAUUGACCCACCAGAAGGAAACAUUCAAUCUGAUGUUAUAAACUGCAAUCAAGCCGCCUCCAUUGACCCGCCAGAAGGAAACAGUCAAUCUGAUGUUAUAAACAGCAAUCAAGUCGCCUCCAUUGACCAACCAGAAGGAAACAGUCAAUCUGAUGUUAUGAACUGCAAUCAAUCCGCCACCAUUGACCCACCAGAAGGAAACAGUCAAUCUGAUGUUAUGAAUUGUAAUCAAGCCGCCUCCACCGAGCUGCCAGAAGGAAACAGGCAAUCUGAUGUUAUAAACUGCAAUCAAGCCGCCUCCAUGGAGCUGCCAGAAGGAAACAGUCAGUCUGAUGUUAUAAACAGCAAUCAAGUCGCCUCCAUUGACCCACCAGAAGGAAACAUUCAAUCUGAUGUUAUAAACUGCAAUCAAGCCGCCUCCAUUGACCCGCCAGAAGGAAACAGUCAAUCUGAUGUUAUAAACAGCAAUCAAGUCGCCUCCAUUGACCAACCAGAAGGAAACAGUCAAUCUGAUGUUAUGAACUGCAAUCAAUCCGCCACCAUUGACCCACCAGAAGGAAACAGUCAAUCUGAUGUUAUGAAUUGUAAUCAAGCCGCCUCCACCGAGCUGCCAGAAGGAAACAGGCAAUCUGAUGUUAAAAAUUGCAAUCAAGCCGCCUCCAUGGAGCUGCCAGAAGGAAACAGUCAGUCUGAUGUUAUAAACAGCAAUCAAGUCGCCUCCAUUGACCCACCAGAAGGAAACAUUCAAUCUGAUGUUAUAAACUGCAAUCAAGCCGCCUCCAUUGACCCGCCAGAAGGAAACAGUCAAUCUGAUGUUAUAAACAGCAAUCAAGUCGCCUCCAUUGACCAACCAGAAGGAAACAGUCAAUCUGAUGUUAUGAACUGCAAUCAAUCCGCCACCAUUGACCCACCAGAAGGAAACAGUCAAUCUGAUGUUAUGAAUUGUAAUCAAGCCGCCUCCACCGAGCUGCCAGAAGGAAACAGGCAAUCUGAUGUUAAAAAUUGCAAUCAAGCCGCCUCCAUGGAGCUGCCAGAAGGAAACAGUCAGUCUGAUGUUAUAAACAGCAAUCAAGUCGCCUCCAUUGACCCACCAGAAGGAAACAUUCAAUCUGAUGUUAUAAACUGCAAUCAAGCCGCCUACAUUGAGCUGCCAGGUGGAAACAGCCAAUCUGGUGUUAUAAACUGCAAUCAAACCGCCUCCCUUGACCCGCCGGAAGGAAACAGUCAAUCUGAUGUUAUGAACUGCAAUCAAACCGCCACCAUUGACCCACCAGAAGGAAACAGUCCAUCUGAUGUUAUAAACUGCAAUCAAGCCGCCUCCAUUGACCCACCAGGAGGAAACAGUCAAUCUGAUGUUAUGAACUGCAAUCAAACCGCCUCCAUUGAGCUGUCAGAAGGAAACGGUCAGUCUGAUGUUAUAAACAGCAAUCAAGUCGCCUCCAUUGACCCACCAGAAGGAAACAUUCAAUCUGAUGUUAUAAACUGCAAUCAAGCCGCCUCCAUUGACCCGCCAGAAGGAAACACUCAAUCUGAUGUUAUAAACUGCAAUCAAACAGCCUCCAUUGACCCACCAGAAGGAAACAUUCAAUCUGGUGUUAUGAACUGCAAUCAAGCCGCCUCCAUUGACCCACAAGAAGGAAACAUUCAAUCUGAUGUUAUAAACUGCAAUCAAGCCGCCUCCAUCGAGCUGCCAGAAGGAAACACUCAAUCUGAUGUUAUAAACUGCAAUCAAGCAGCCUCCAUUGACCCACCAGAAGGAAACAUUCAAUCUGGUGUUAUGAACUCCAAUCAAUCCGCCACCAUUAACCCACCAGAAGGAAACACUCAAUCUGAUGUUAUAAAUUGCAAUCAAGCAGCCUCCAUUGACCCACCAGAAGGAAACAGUCAUUCUGAUGUUAUAAACUGCAAUCAAGCCGCCUCCAUUGACUCACCAAAAGAAAGCUGUCAAUCUGAUGUUAUGAACUGCAAUCAAUCCGCCACCAUUGACCCACCAGAAGGAAACAUUCAAUGUGAUGUUAUGAACUGCAAUCAAGCCGCCUCCAUUGAGCUGCCAGAAGGAAACAGUCAAUCUGAUGUUAUAAACUGCAAUCAAGCCGCCACCAUCGACCCACCAGAAGGAAACAGUCAAUAUGAUGUUAUAAACUGCAAUCAAUUCGCCUCCAUUGAGCUGCCAGAAGGAAACAGUCAAUCUGAUGUUAUGAACUGCAAUCAAUCCGCCACCAUUGACCCGCCAGAAGGAAACAGUCAAUCUGAUGUUAUGUACUGCAAUCAAGCCGCCUCCAUUGAGCUGUCAGAAGGAAACAGUCAGUCUGAUGUUAUGAACUGCAAUCAAUCCGCCACCAUUGACCCACCAGAAGGAAACAGUCAACCUGAUGUUAGGAACAGCAUUCAAUCCUUCUUGACUGAAAUCCCUAAAGGAAGGAAUCGACUUGAUGUUAUUGACAGCAUUCAAUCCUCUUCCACUGACCAGCCAGAAGGAAACAGCCAACGUGAUACUGCGAACAAACAUGAAGUCAUCUCCACUGACCCAUCAAAUGGAAACAGUCUACCUGAUGUUAUGAACAUUAAUCAAUCCCCCUUAACAAAGCUACGGACGGAAAGUUGUGAAUUUGCAUUCAAUAUUGGGAAUCUUCAUGACGAAGAACACGAAAGCACAACUGUCACACAAGAUCGCCUCACCGGUGUAAAUCAGGGAAUGACAGUGGUACUGUGUGACGAAACAGGAGGAUCAGGUGUCGGCCAGGAGAAUCAACAGAUACAGUUACAUACGCAGACAGAAUAUAACGAAACAACAAUGAUUGGAACUCACAACACCAUAAUUUAUGGAAACAAUGAAGACGUGCAAGAGGCAAUCUCAGAAUCAGAUGGUCGCAGGACUAAUGAACAUCGAAAACAGACUGAUACUCUCAAAAAGGCCAUAGAGGAGAAAGGGUCAGAAAUACAGGAAACUGUCCAUGCUUCAGGACAGGAUCUGAGACGGCAAGUGGGAGAUACAAUCACACAAUCAGAUAAUCGCUUGACCAAAGAACAUCGAGAACAGACGGAUUCUCUCAAAAAGGCGAUAGAAGAAGGACAGUCAGAAAUACAGGAAACUGUACAAGAUAUAUCUAAGAAAAUUGAAAGGAGUGAAAAGAAAAAUGACGACCAAAUAGCUGAACUAAAGCGACUUACUGACACAUUACAUCAACAUCAUAAGAAAGAAAGCAUUGAACAAAGUGCUAGCCAAGACCAAGCUAAGAUGAAACAAGCCGUUGAUAAACAUCGUCAAAAAACCACUGUGGCUACAAAGCAGUUAAAAACAGAUGUGAGGAUUACAGAAAAAAUAACUAUUGAAACUAAACAUCACGUGAUGCAACAGUCAGAGAUAUUAGUUGUACUGUCACUACAUAUUCAAGAACUCUUACGGAAAUUUGAUGUACAGACAAUGAUAACUUGUAAACAGACACAACACAUUGAUGAACUGAUACAGACUGUAGGUAAACAGUCGCUGAAAAUUAACGACCAGACACAAAAACUAGUUCUACAAUCAAAGACAUUAGAUGAACAGUCACAAAAAAAUCAAGAAAUGUCACAGAAACUAGAUGAACAGUCGCACAAAAGUAAAAAACAGACACAAAAACUUGAUGAACAGUCACAGACAUUAGGUGAACAGUCACAGAAAAUUCAAGAAAUGUCACAGAAACUAGAUGAACAGUCACACAAAAGUAACAAACAAACACAAAAAAUUGAUAAACAGUUAAGUGAAAAUUCGUGGAUUUUAGGUAAACUGUAUCGUAGAGGUAGGGAACAGACACAGACACUUGAUAAACAAUCCCAGAAAUUAGGCAAACAGAUAAAAACGUUAGAUAAACAGUCACACGAAGGUAACAAACAGACACAAAACCGUGAUGAACAGUCAGAGACAUUAGGUGAACAGUCAGAGACAUUAGGUGAAAGGUCAGAGACAUUAGGUGAACAGUCAGAGACAUUAGGUGAACAGUCAGAGACAUUAGGUAAAAGGUCACAAAAGAUUCAAGAAAUUUCACAAAAUCUUAGUAAACUGUUCCAGACGUCAGGUGAACUAUCUCGUAGAAGUAGGGAACAGACACAGACACUUGAUAAACAAUCCCAGAAAUUAGGCAAACAGACAAAAACGUUAGAUAAACAGUCACACGAAGGUAACAAACAGACACAAAACCGUGAUGAACAGUCUGAGACAUUAGGUGAACAGUCACAAAAGAUUCAAGAAUUUUCACAAAAUCUUAGUAAACUGUUCCAGACGUCAGGUCAACUAUCUCGUAGAAAUAGGGAACAGACACAGACACUUGAUCAGUCAAUGGCAUGUGCUGAGUUAGGUGAACCAUUAGAGAAACGGGAAAUUCCAGAACAGACACAGAACUAUAAUGGACAGUCAAACAGGUUAGCUAAACAUUUGGAGAUGAAAUUGAACCGGAAGGAUAAAAUACAAGGUAGAGGAAGCAACAAGAUUAACAGUCUGGUGUCUCUCUUUGAGCGAGGCGAAUCGGCAGACAAAAAUCAAGAAGAGACACGGGAACGUUAUGAACAAGCACGGUCAUUAUCUAAACAUUGGGAGAAGAAAUGGAACAGGCAUGAUGCCGCAGAAGUUGGAGGAAAAAACUUGAUGAUCGGUCAGCAGGAUGGUACGCCAGACAAAAUUGAAUUGCCUAAACCGAUACAGAAACAUUUUGAACAGUCACAUGCGUUGGAUGAAGAGUCAAUGAAACCUAACGAACUGACACAAAAACUUGCACAAUUGUUAGGUGAAUGGGAUCGCGUUGUUUACACAGAUCUAGAGAGUUAUUUCCUAAAGCAUACUUUUUCGGAAUUAACUAAAAUUAUGUUUGACGCUAUUUCAUGGUAGGAGCAGAGAAUGCAAAAUAAGAGAGAAACAAUAUGUUUAUUGAACUUAUUUCUUGAUUGUUUUAAAUAAGAUAUACUUAAAAUGAAAUUUGAUGAGAAGUCACAGACGUUAGUUGAACAGUCACUAAAAAUGAACAAAAACUGUAAAUGCACGUAGUAUGUUGGCGCAGUGGACGGUACAUGUACAUACUUUAACUAAGAUUCCCGGGCUUUAAUUAGGCGAUUGGAGCAGUAAAAGCUCCCUACUGUGUUACAAGGGAAUAGGGACAACAAUACUGAUUGAUAUAAGUUGCUAGUAAAUAAAUAAGGUUUAAGAGAUAUUUGAUGAACGGCCAAAGGCAUUUGGUGAACAGUCACAGAAAAUUGACGCCACGUUAUAGGAUAUUCAUGAAAAAUCACUGACACUUGAA